CACGCAUUCUCAACGCCAAGACGCCAUAACCGGCAUCUCCGGUUUUGCCUUAUCUCUUCGCCCACAAUAUUAUCUCUAUCUCCCCCUCUCAGCGAUUUCCCGACACACUUUCCGAUCCUCUGCUCUCCAGUUCUGUUAACAAGGUUCUUAUUUAGAUGGCGAGUAAUGAAAACAAAGAGUCAGAUUCCCGUGGAAAUGAGUGGGAGGUUGUUUCACUUACUGCAUCUGAAUAUGCUGAUGGUGAUGGGCUAAAAGGCUGUGAAGAGUAUGAAGCUGAAACUUCUAGUUCAUUGUUUAUGUCUCGUCACUUUGCCUUUCCACCAUCAAGCCAGCUUGAGUAUUUGCAACCGCAACCAGGAAAGAGUGAAAUUCUCACUGAAAAGGUGGUUAAAAGGGAUGAAUUUGUCUCUACGGAUGAUGGUGGUAGGACAGAUGAAAAGACUGAAGAGCAUCUGAAAAGUAAAGAGGCUGAGUUUCCUGGGAUGCAUAUUUUUUAUGAAACGGGUGAUUUAGCUGUUGGUGAAGCAGAAGUUAUAGGUGACACAACUCCGGAAGGGUCAGAUUGGGUAGAGAAGGAACCAAAGCUAUAUGGCACUGGAGCCCAUAGUAGUUCCUUACAAGGUGAAAAUGAAAAGAACAUGUUUGGCGGAUCCAUGAUUUUGGAUGAAAGUAGUGCCGCAAGCAAUGACACGUUAUCAGAAUCAAUUCCUCAGCAGGCAGACAUCUCAGGUUUUCCAAAUGAGAAGAAGCACGAUGGGGAUGACCACCUUCCCUGUCAAGCUUGGUGGAAACGACAAUCUGCAUCCCUGAUUGCUCAUGCUAAGGAGGCAAACACAUUUUGGUCGGUUUUCAUUGCGGCAGCUGUAAUGGGCCUUGUUAUAAUUGGUCAAUGUUGUCAGCAUGAGAGGUGGCUGCAGUUGAAGUGGCAGAAUCUUGGAGGUGUCCAUGAUGAGAAAAUAUGCAGGAUGGUGGGUCCUCUAUCCCGUAUUAGAAAUGCAAUCAUUGGAGGUGAUCAUCGAGGUUCCUCCAUCCGAGGUAGUGCCUCUACACAACAUUAAGAUGAUGACGAAAAAAGAUUGGGCACCACUUUGUAUGGAAUUGCAAAGCUUACCCUUAAUAUGUAAUACGUCGUAUAUAAAUUAAAGUCAUGCUGGUAUUAUUAUAUUGGUCACUUUUGUUACUGGGAUGAAUUGUAUGAUUAAUACUUGGGGGUUAAUACAUGUAAACACAGGUCAUGCUGGCAUUAUUAUAUUGGUCACUUCUGUUACUGGGAUGGAUUAUACUUGGGGAGAAACUUCAUAUCAUUUUUUUUUCACUUGCAUUGUCA